AUGGCAGGUUUAACUGUGUUCAGCAUUUUAAUCAUAGCUGUAAUGGUCACCGGAAGAGAGUAUGAUGAUACUCGCGAUGCUGAAAUAGACGAACUUUUGAAAAAACUAAAUAAACCUGCUCUUAAAUCUAUCAAGAGCCCAGACGGAGAUAUCAUAGAUUGUGUUCAUAUGAAGAAUCAUCCAAUUUAUGAUAAUCCUUUAUUCAAAAAACACACCAUUCAGAUGAGACCAAGUUCUUACCCAAAAGGAUGGAACAAAGAAGCUUCAAAGAACCAAAACCACAGUAUGGUGAUGCACCUCUGGACAAUCAACGGAAAGUGUCCAAAAAAUAGUAUUCCGAUCAUAAGAACGAGAAGAGAAAACAUUUUACAAGCUGAAUCAGUAGAAAGAUACGGGAGAAAAGAUUCCAAUAGCCUCCCUCAACCGAAGCCAACCAAUCCACCAAGUAAUACUACAAAUGAGUAUGCCAUAGUGACCGUAAAUUCUCCACAAGGCAAAUUUCAUGGAGCCCAAGCGGAUAUAAAUGUGUGGAAGCCCCAUGUACAAACGAGAAGAGAAUUUAGCCUAGCACAAAUAUGGGUUAUGGGUGGCACUUAUCCUAGCCGCGACACCAUUGAAGCUGGUUGGCAGGUGUUCCCGCGAUUUUAUGGUGAUGACAAGCCUCGAUUUUUUAUUUAUUGGACUGCUGAUGAAUACAAAAAGACAGGCUGCUACGAUCUUAGAUGUCCAGGUUUUGUGCAUGUCAACAGAGAUUUUGCUAUAGGUGCACCUAUGUCAACAGUUUCCGUCAUGGGUGGUCGACAAGCAUCAUUUCUCACAACUAUAUGGAAGGAUCCCCGCACAGGGAACUGGUGGUUGAGAUUGGGUUACUAUCAGAUUCUCGGGUACUGGCCUUCCUCAUUAUUCAGUAAUUUAAAGAAUGGUGCUUCAGAAAUUCACUGGGGAGGUGAAAUAACAAACUACAAGGAGGAUUCACAACACACAUCAACGAAUAUGGGGAGUGGUCGUUUCGCAUAUGAGGGGUAUAAAAAGGCUAGUUAUUUCAUGAAUCUUGAGAUAGAAGAAGACGGCUUUACGAAACCUCCUGAAAGUCUUACUCCCUUUGUGACGAAUCAGAAUUGUUACAAUGUAAUCCGAAAUCCUUUCCAUCCUCAAUUGGGGGCUUCCUUUUAUUAUGGUGGUCCCGGUCAAAAUGCUAUGUGUAAAUGA